GUCGUGUCGUUACCAUUGUCAAGUAAUCUGAGAAGUGAAUUUUCUCGUUUCUAGCGUAUAUUAUAAUAAUUGUGAUUUUAAAAACUUAAUAUAAACCAUCGUCUAAAUGGUUAAUCGGUAUGUAUAAUUGGCCUACCACUUGAGUCAGGCGAAUAAACAUGCUCAAGAGCAGAGUCUUCACUUGACCUCUUGUCAAGUGGACACCAGCUAUUUCGUCUAGAAAUAGUAUAUACCUAUGUACUAUAAGUGGGCACGUACUUAUUGUGUCUAGUUGUUGGGCAUGUAUAGAUCAAAAAGAAAUCUACAAUGCCAUUCAAAAUACGCCUAAAAAAAAGUCGACAAUACAACGUUGUAUCAAAAUCGUUGUAUGUCAUCUGUGUUGAAUUGUUGGAUAGUACGUCAAUAGAAUGUACACUCUCUGCAGAAAGUGUGGGACAAGAAUGUUUAGACAGCGUUUGUCAAAGACUGGGUUUACACCAGCCAGAAAUUUUAGGAUUGCGCUACAUAUCACGUAGUGGUAAUCCUCGUUGGGUAGAUUUAAGCAGACCUCUAAAACGACAAUUGGAUAAGUUUGCAUGCCAUUUCAGCCUUUAUUUAAGAGUGAUGUACUAUGUGUCUAAUGUAACAUUUAUAAAGGAUGAAAUGACUAGAUAUCACUUUUUUCUUCAACUAAAAAUGGAUGUAAUCGAAGGUCGCAUCAUAUGCGAUGCUGAUCAAGCAGUAUUAUUAGCUAGUUAUAGUAUGCAAGCCGAAUUUGGAAACCACGAUUUAGAAAAGCAUACGUCAGAAUAUCUUAAAGACUUUGCCUUAUUUCCAAAGCAUUUAACACAACAAGAGCGCCUGGAGAGUCUCGUCGAAGCUGUUAUCUGUCAACACUUGGCUUUGGCGGGUUUACCCCAAGGGACUGCCGAAGAGUAUUAUAUUGUUGCUGCACAACAUCUAGAAGGAUACGGACAGGAAAAAUUUCACGUUAAAGACGAUAAUAGUGCUGAAGUUGCAUUAGCUAUAAGUCUCAAAGGUGUAACCAUACAAAAUCAAAACAAAACGGUAACAGUUUAUCAAUGGGAAGAUAUAGCAAAUGUAAUAAACCAUAAAAGAUAUUUUAGCAUGGAAGGACAACAUGACAAUUUUAUACAGUUUCAGUGCAACGAUGUGGAAACUGCUAAAUAUGUAUGGAGCAUGUGUAUUUUACAGCAUAGGUUUUACGGAUUGUAUGAAAAAAUUGAUCAAACUGGUGACAACAAAGCCGAUGUAUUAGGAAAGUCUUUAGAUAUGCAAAUUGAUAAUAAUGCCGACAGCAGCCGCGAUGAAUUAGAUGCAAUAGAUACUCCUGACUCGAAUGUUAUUAGAGGACCGUUUUCUUUGAACGGUAUCCGUGCUCAAUCAACCUCUUGUUUGGAUUUAUCUUCGCAAACCAGUGAAAAAUUUCGAUUAGACAAAACUGGACAUAAGUCAAUAUCAAAAUUGCCUUCCUAUCGUUUGGCCCCUGAUUAUGAAACUGCUGUUCAGCGUAAAUAUUUACAAGGCAAUUACUUCAAUCAGAAUGCUAAUUUGAUUCCUACUACAUCAAUUAGUCAUCAAGACAUCAAUCUUCAUCAGUUUAACAAUGAUUAUAAACAAUUUCCUGAUGUGACACAGGUCAACAUGGCAUCGACUGAUCGUCCCAUUCACGGACAAACAUCAGAUUUAGAUAUUUCUACUCGAGAUUCUGAGUAUGUACAAAUAUAUAAGCCACCACCACCCUAUCCGAUAAGUAAUAGUACACCGGAUUUAGCCAGAGCAUAUCCAUUGGGGUAUAUUCAAAAUCCAGUGAGUGGCUCUAGUCCAGACCUGUUGUCAUCCAGGGUUCAUCAUUUUCAUGUUGCACCACAACGAUACAAUGCUAGCCAUAUGCUGUCCAACACGGAUACCCAUAGGACCUACACGAAUCUGAACGCUUUACUGGGAUCAAGACAGAAUUUAAACGAACUUCGAAGUGGUUUUAAUGGUAACAACAUGAUGUACUAUAUGGGUCAAUAUGGACCAAUUUUAAAUCAGCCACACACUGGUUUGCUCGUUAACGAACAACCUCAUAAUUGUAAUAACGUUGUGGCUAAAUUUACUGAGCCUAUAUACGAAAAUGUGCCAUUGCUGUGGAACUCUAAGGAAGUUCGUAGUCGGGCUGCCAGUGUGCAGUCGGCUCCAGAGAUUAAAUCACCUACCAAAGUUUCUCAACCAGUGCCGCCGCCUCAGCCUGUAAAAGAAGACGUGGUUAAACCACAGAAGGAAACCACUCCGGUAAAAAACGUCGCUUUAGAUGUUAGCAGCAGUUCAAACGUUUCGUCACAAAUUAAUUCAACAAUAAUUAGUCAUUCGGCUGAACAGUCCUUUGAUUCUUCAAAUCAAAGCAGCAAUAGUGGUACGUUAAAGAAAGAAGGCAGAAGUAAAAAUCGUCGGAAAUGGGCUGGCCUUUUAGGCGGAGCUGGUAAAAGUAAAACUCUAAGUAGGAGUGGAGGCGGCGUUAGCAGUGAAGAAUUCAAUCAACGCCAUUCCACUGUUUCAGGACUUCCCAUCCCUUCUACCAUUUCAAAGGAUACCAUGUGCAAUAUAUUGCAACAUAAAUUAGAAGAUGCUCAACUGUUUCAAGAAUUCGAUAAAAUAACAAAAGUUAAACCCAACGCUGAAUUUUCAACUGCGUUUGUACUUGAGAAUUAUUCGAGAAAUAGACACAAGGAUAUUCUUCCGUAUGAAGAAAAUCGAGUGCGGUUAUCGCCGAGCAAGGAAAAUCGUUUUGGUUACAUUAAUGCAUCUCACAUAACAGCUUCAGUUGGAAAUGAACAAAGAUUCUACAUAGCCACACAAACCCCAUUACCAGGCACCGUUAAUCACUUUUGGCAAAUGGUGUGGGAGGCGGGUGUUCAUCUUAUUCUUGACCUUUCUUGGCCAAAGACUAACGCCUCAGACGAUAGCUACGGUGAAUACUUUCCAACAGUGGCUGAUCAUUCUGUACAAUUUGGCGAGUACCACGUAUGGCUUCAGUUUACACAGGAAACGGGACAUUGUGUCACUAGUAAACUAAAACUGCAACAUAACUCGUCCAGACGAUCCAGAAGUGUUUGGCACUUGCAAUACGUUCAGUGGGCCGAACAGGACUGUCCAGCAAAUGUUUCACACUUUCUUGGUUUUUUGGAAGAAAUGAGUUCAGUUCGAGAACACACCAUAACCGAAAUACCGACUGGACAAAAUCGUAAUCCGCCAAUUCUCGUGCAUUGCAGUACGGGAGUAGGAAGAACCGGCCUUACAGUAUUAAGUGAUCUACUGUUGUACACCUUGGAUCACAAUCAAGAAUUGGACAUACCAAAAACAAUAUCAUUAGCUCGGCACCAGCGCAUGCUGUUUGUGGAAACUGUCACUCAAUAUAAAUUUGUACACUCGUUGCUCAUUUAUUACUUGAAAAAUUCACGCCUAAUUUAAUUGCCGUCAACAGCUGUUGUGGUCAGUUUGUUGUGCUCAAAAUAUCGGUAAACGUUACAGGGUCACCUUUUUUAAAUGUAUUGACUGUAUGAAAUAAUAUAUAUGUGCUGUUGUGUAUGUCUGUACGUUAGUAUUUGGUUAAUGACUAAGACGUCCUUCGAUGAACAAAUUUAUUUACCCGUGUGUAACGCAAUUAAUGUUAUACAAUAUCGGCAAUUUAGUAUUAUUUUCAUCUUUGUUUACAUAAUUUUUUUUUUCUCUAAAAUGAAAUUAAUUCAUUAAUAUUAUUUUAUUUCUCUAACAUUGAUUUGAGUUUAAAAUUGUCAUCAUUAUUUUUAUUAUUAUUAUUUUAUUAUAUGAGUAACUUAGUAAAUAAAGUAUUUACAAACAUAUAAUGUACACGAGGAGUGUAAUUAUUAUUUAGGUCAUUGCCGCCAUUUUGGCAUCAAGUAUUACUAAUGUAUAAUUUGUUAGAAUUUAUCGUUAAAAAAAAAAAUAGAAGAAUUAAUGAACAGUUUGCGUUAUACAAACAUUACAAGUGUAAUAAUUUACUAUAAAU